AUGGGUUCGCCGGCAGGUCUGGACGUCCACCGAGACACACCUGUCGAACCCCUCCAUACACAUCUGCUCGGCGUCGUGAAAUACUUCUGGGCGCAAACGGUCUGGGUCCUCGAGAAACAGGCAAAAUUCACGGUCUUUCAAGCUCGACUGAACUCGGUGGCGAAAUCUGGGCUCAACAUUCCAAAUAUACUGGCCGAUUACAUGUGUCGUUAUCGAGGCGCUCUCAUAGGCAAGCACUUCAAAACCAUCAGUCAGGUGAUGUCCUUCGCUGUCUGUGGGCUCGUUGAGGACAAUCUUCAAAAUGCGUGGCUCGCCGUAGGCGAUCUGACAGUCCUCCUUUGGGAGACGGAGAUAGUCUCAAUGUCAACUUAUCUGAAACAGCUUCGCAAGUGCAUAGACAGUGUACUUGAUUACGCCGUGACGCUCAGUCCAGGGCUUCUUACAGAGAAGAAUAAGCUCCACAUUCUCCUCCACAUACCGGAUCACAUCGCCCGGCACGGGCCUGCCCUUCUCUUUUCCACCGAG